GGGUGAAGACUCGUCUGAUUCCAGCCACAGUGAUUCGCCGUUAUCACAAUCUAAAGACGCAAUCCUUGCGUCCAUAGCCAGUAUGCGGACAAACAUGGAAAAGCAGAUAGGUGGAGUGGCCACUAAUGUAACUGACAUUAAGAAUGAACUAGUAGGUGUCAAUAGCGCUAUCACCAAAAUGCAGGACACUCUCGCACUGCUUGCAUCUGAUAAUGAAUCACAUAAGUCGGAGUUUUUGAAAAUUAGGGAAGAAAAUGACAAGCUGAAAAAGACUGUUCAUCUUCUUGAUGACAAAAUCAAAGAUAUGGAACAGUUUAGCAGAAAAGACAACAUAGAAAUUACAGGUGUUCCGUACAACCGAGGUGAAGAUUUAUAUGGUUUGUUGGACAGAAUCGCUGCCGUUAUUGAUGUCAACUACAACAUAAACUUUAUUUCAACCGUGCACCGCUUAGGCGUGACUAACGAACGUCCCAAUCCACCUAUAAUUGUCAAGUUCAUAUCUAGAGACUACAAGUCUUCGUGGAUAGGAGCUGCACGGGCCAAUCGCAAGAAACUGACAGCUGCUUCGCUAUCCAUCAACUGGCCCCCAACCUCUGUGUACGUCAACGAGCAUCUUUCCCCAACCAACAAAUUCAUCCUGGGAAACGCGAAACGUCUCGUCCGCGAGAAAAAACUUGCAGCUGCAUGGACAAGGGAUUGCAGAAUAUACGUCAAGAAGUCUGCAGAGUCCGGAGCACCAAUCACGCUGAUCAAAACUAUUCAGCAGAUGGAGAACUUCACGACAGAUGAGUCGGUCAACGUCAGUGUCGACGCCUCGGGCUGA